GUGGUCGGUGCACACAGCGGGGGCAGUUCAGAACACGGGUGGGCGGUGCACACAGCGGGGACAGUUCAGAACACGGGUGGGCGGCGCACACAGCAGGCACAGUUCAGGACACAGGUGGUCAGUGCACACAACAGGGACAGUUCAGGACACGGGUGGUCGGUGCACACAGCGGGGACAGUUCAGGACACUCACGGUAAGCAGCUUGCAGACCCUCAGCGGCAGGCGGCUCCAGACAGGGACGACCAGCGGUCAGCGUUCCAGGGACAACCAGCGAUCAGCAGACAGCAGCAGCUCCCAGGGCAUUCAGCAGCAGACAGCUUCCAGGGACAUGCAACUACGGACAGUGUGCAGGGUCCCUCAGCAGCAGCUCCCAGGGCACUCAGCAGCAGACAGCUUCCAGGGACACGCAGCCACGGACAGUGUGCAGGGUCCCUCAACAGCAGCUCCCAGGGCACUCAGCAGCAGACAGCCUCCAGGGACACGCAGCCACAGACAGUGUGCAGGGUCCCUCAGCAGCAGCUCCCAGGGCACUCAGCAGCAGACAGGGUGCAAGGGUGCCCAGUAGACAGGCUUACAGACUGGCAGGGUCUCAGCUGUGGGGUCUGACCUUUGAGGAGAAGGCUCAUGCAGAGCUGUGGAGACUCCCAACCCUGGGGUAUUGCAGAGGGCUACAGUCCUGACCUUUUGGGGGUCUGCAGAGUGUGCAGGGGGGAUGGCUGGGGA